AUGGCCGGAGCAUUAGAAAAUGCCAAAAAAAAUUUAGUAACAAUAAGAGAUGCUGAAAAAGAAAGUGAUUUUGGUUAUGUAUAUGGAGUUUCUGGACCUGUUGUGGUCGCAGAACAAAUGACAGGAUCAGCUAUGUAUGAAUUGGUUCGAGUAGGUCAUGAAGAGCUUGUUGGUGAGGUGAUUCGUAUAGAUGGUGAUAAAGCUACUAUUCAAGUUUACGAAGAAACUG